UUAGAAGCAGCUGAGUUUGUACGAGUCCAGAAUAGGGCUGAUGGACAUUCACGUGUGUUUUUAAGAGCUGUGGGAGUGGUGGUGGAUGAUCGUCUGAGGCGGCUCAGUGCCGGUUCGCUCAGCGCCCCGGCUGGCCGAUACCACAGCGUAUCAAUCGUUUACCACACAUUUGCGAAACGAUAUUGUGCAAUAAGCAUGGAAAUGUUGCUAGCUACCGUGUUGCUACUAGUGCUGCACUGUAUUACCGCAGACAUUCCGCCAUACAUAAAGGUGUGCCAGCGAAAUGAUCCGAACGUUGACAAGUGCAUUAUGAAUUCGGUCGAGGAGCUACGUCCAAAGAUGAUAGACGGAAUUCCGGAGUUGGACGUUCCAGGCAUCGAACCUUUGAGUCUCGGACAAAUUGCGUUGGCUAGAGGUCCGCAGGGAGCCAAGCUCACCGCUGUCGUCAACGACGUGAAAGUAAAUGGACCCAGUAACUUCGUUAUUGAGGAAUUGAAGUCGGAUUUAGAUAACAAUCGUUUUGAUUUCAAAUUGCUACUACCGAAGCUGGACUUCAACGGGAAAUACAAGAUGGAUAUUCAGGUCCUGUUACUGCGACUGCAGGGUCGGGGCAACAUCACAGGAACGUUUAGAGAUUACGCUUGCAACGUCACUAUGAGAGGGCACAAAGAGAAGCGCGGAGACGAAGAAUACCUUCGUUUUGAUCCAUUCAAAGUCAAACUUCGUGUCGGACAGUCCUCAAUUUACCUUACGAACCUUUUUGACGGCGACCCGGUACUAGGUCCGGCCACAAACAGGGUGAUCAACGAGAACUCUAAUGUGUUCCUCGAAGAAAUCCGCCCAGUCCUUGAAAGAAGCCUUGGGGAGCUCUUCACUGAAAUGGCGAACAAAAUAACGGCGAAAUUCACUUACAAAGAACUAUUUCCUUAACGGUGUAUCAUAAUUAUUUGUCUUAAUUUUUAAUGUUUUAGUUCUUAAAGGUGUUAUUAGAAUUUUGUGAUUCGAAUGUUUCCGCACGUGCAUUUGACUAGAUUCUACCUAUACUACUAUUCUACCAGUGGUAUUGGUUAGUAAGCAUUGAGUUACUUAAAAAAACAUACACAUAAAAAGAAUAGGUUUAAAAAAAACAAACGUGUGGCACUCGGGAACUGCCGCGGUAAAGCUAUCUUUUAUCAACUUAUGCAAUUAUAAUUAGACAAUGAUAAUUUAAUAUUAAAACAAUAAUAAAACAAGACCACGCUAUAUUAAACAUUAAUAAAAGCAAAACAUUAACUGUCCCCUUCACACUCAUAAGCUAGAGAUGGGCAGACUUUUCAUGAUGCGCAUACAGUAUGACGUCACGCCACGCGCUUAUUCACAAACACUACACAAGCGCAACGUGUGAAUGUGUUGAACGCGAGCUACAAGGUAGGCGGAGUGAGGGGUGUUAGGUUUUUUUCGUUACGGAAUUUCAUGAUUCGGUCGCCGCGCUCAAGGCCCGCGAUAAAAGCUAUGCAAUAGCUUAAAAACCCACACACACACUUGCUAAAUUUGAAAUUUUUCAAUAAUUUUACGUAUUUCGUUUAAAUAUUAAUUUUGAAAACAUAUAUUUAUUUAUAGUCUCUGUUUAACGAAAUUUAUUAUUAUUUGUUUUAUAUACCGCGCUUGCAUAAAUUUAUUCGGAUUAUCUUUGCGUGGUUUAGUUGGGAAUAGUCAUAUAAUCAAUUGUGACUUCUGUUAUAAUGUUAAUUGUACUUUAUCCUUUAUAAUUAAGUAAAUUAAAUGGCAACUCAAAUAAGAAUCGAAACAUCAAUGUUAUAAAUGUAUUUCUGAAGAUAAGCACCGUGUAAAUAAACCUUGCUAUGUUUUAUCUCCUUCGAUGUCUUUUUGACGGAAAUAUGAGUGGUUUAGUUAAAUGAAUUGUUUUAAAUUUCGUCAGGAUUAAAACUGUAACAAAGGUGGUUUAUUAACCUCUUUAUGUCUGUGAAAAUGCCCAAGUGUGGGAAAUGAAGAAGCUUCAGUAAAUUGAAUCGAAAUCUGUUGAAGCCUCAGUAAAUUGCCAACAAUUUUAUUCCGAUACAAUUUAUUACAUAUCCCAUAAGUAUUAAUUCAAAUUAAUUAAUUUCAUUCCAUUUCACUUCAUUGUUUCAUAGCAGACAUGGCUUUGUCCUUUAUAAUUAAAGAUUUGAAUUUAUAGGAUCUAAUUAAACAAAAAAAUAAAUCUGUUCCGAUUUUAUUAAGCAAAGUAAAGUUAAGAAUUACACCCUGUAUAUGAAAAAAUGUCCGGCGAAAGUGACCUAUUAGCAUGGCGCCACUGUAGCAAGAGGUGAAUUCUACUUGGCACAUUUUACUACAUUUACAACUGCUACAUUACAUUCCAUAUCCCACCACUUGCUAUGCUAGCGCAAUUUUGUUGGGUUUUAGAGAAGUUGUUUUCUGCUUACAGCUAUCUGGAUGGAUUUUGAUUUGUUUUUCUUAAUUAAAACACCUUUACUUACGCCCUUUAUUGAUAUUGUAUGUGUUCUGAAGUUAGCUGUCAAUUUUAAGUAGUAGUUCUUUUUUUCCAACUGGAAAGGCAAAGGUGUUAUACCAUACAACCUAAUCUUGUGUAUAUAUUUUUUUAUGAAAAUGAUAUUAUAGAGCGAAAUGCAGUUAAUUAAUUUCAAAUAUUAAUCAAUUUGAAAUAUUAAUCAAUUGGCAUGAAAUGAAAUAUAAUCUUAGUAAAAUGGCGAUUAUUCACUAAAAUAAUCACAAAUACUAAACAGUUAAUAAACCAUCGUUAGUUAGUACACAUUUAAACUUCAAAUACCACCAAAUAGACAAAAUAAAAGAAUUCACACAACUUCGCUCCUCGCCUUCCCGCCAAAAAGUCCUUUUAUUGUACAUUCCAAACUGUCAAGGAAAAAGACUUAAAUACAAAGGCCACAAAUAAGAGAAUUAAGUAGAACGAAACUGACGUAUUGGAGUGUAACUAUUCCCCCAUUUUCAUUGAUAAGUCCUUAAGAGAUCGAUCAGUAGUAUUGUUAAUUUGUCAUAUUAAUUUGUAACCGCAGAAUGACAAACAUAUUAUUGUUUAUCCUGAAUUCAGUAUGAAUCCUUGUACUCUGUAGUAUUAAACCUAAGAUUAAAUACUCUUUAAAUCAUAUAAUCGAAACAAAAUUAUUUAACUUUUCGUAAAUUAAUCAUUUUGUAUCAUAUUAUGUAUAACAUGGAAUGACCAGUAGCGUAAUUUAUUGUAAGCUUGUAAAUAUUGGUAAAUAAAUAAAUUCGGUGAUAAAUAUA